AUGGAGGAUAGAAAAUUAAUUAAGCUUCUUGGUGAAGAAAUUGGUAAAAGGAAUAUAAUUUACGACAAGCAAUUCACAAUUCCUCAAUAUUCUAACCGAAGUCGUUUGGUGACAAAUGCGUUUGAGGAAACAGCUGCGGAAAUUAAAAAUAAAGAUCCAAGUUAUUUUUGGUUAAAAGGCGGAAAAGUCGAAGAUUUAUUUAAAAAAAUUAGAAACAAGUAUUGCAUUAUUUCCAGAAAAAAAUUCCAGACAGAGGAGGACAAAAAAUUUUUGGAAACAUUUUCCUUUUUAAAACAUAUUGUUCAAAUUAGAAGUGAUAAAAAAUGA